UCUCUCUCUCUCUCUCUUUCUCUCUCUCUCGGCAGCAACGGAAGCGGUGGUGCGACGGAGGGAGCGGCGGCAUGGCUGCAAGAAUACUUGCUAACUUGCUUGUUAUGGGUUCUGGGAUAUUAGGAAGGGCUGUUUUACAAGCAUAUCGUAAAGCACUUGAAAAUGCAAAUAAAACCGGUGUUGCAAAUGAAACUAUACAGAAUAUACGGAGAGCUAGUAAGGCUAUGACCGAACAAGAAGCUAGGCAGAUAUUGGGAAUCAAUGAACAGUCAACUUGGGAGGAGAUCCUGAAGAAGUACGAUGUCUUAUUUGAGAGAAAUGCUAAACAUGGAAGCUUCUAUCUCCAGUCUAAGGUUCACAGGGCUAAAGAGUGUCUGGAAGCAGUCUACCAAGGGAAAGGGUGAAUAAUAUGUGGAAGUCUGCAAACUUAUUCGCAGCUAUAAAUGCUUCCUGUAACAAUAUUGCAUGCGUAAAGCAAACUAAAUGCCUAUGCGUCUCUUUCGACACAAAUUUGCCUUGGAGGUUAUCUUGCACUUGGAAUGCUGUGUUUUUGCACUGAACACUUCUAGCUGAUCCAAAUGCUUGUUUUAGGACCUCUCUUCUCUGUUCUAGAUCCUGCUGUUUCAAUGCUAAGCAUCUGCUUGUUUUCCUGAAGAGUAAAUGUUUCUCAGUUAUUUCUUCUUGGCCAAAGUAUUAUGUUUUUUUGUAUCAUCA